UGGCAGUGGUAUGUGUACAGUACAACUUGCCUAUGAUCUCUGACACAAAUAAUGUAUCAAAGGCAGCAACGUGAUGUAAAGUACUGCUGCUCUGUGGACAGAAGUUUCCAUAUCUGCAGAUCAUUUUUCCCUCAUUGUUCAGUGAUCAGUACCUCACUGAGACCUCACUGAGACCUGACACAAACUGAGUGCAAUAUUUAUUCUGUUUGAUAACAAUUCUGGAUCUUUGACAUGAUUGAAGGUCAGUGUAAUUUCCUGAUUUAUUUGAUGCAAAUCAUUUGGCUUUCCACACACACAUAUGUAACAGCUCAUAUUGCAUUGUUAUAAAAUACAUAUUAUGUAUCUCGAUUACCAGGUUAUUAUGGCUUUUCAGUUCAGGAAUUUACUGCGUUUCAUAAGCUGUGUUGAUGUCAUAAGCACUGACGGCCACUGCGGUGACCUUUUCUCUAGCACCACCUUCAGGACAAAAAUAAGAAUUAAUAAAUAAAAAAUCUUAACAUUUUAAGGGACAGUACAUGUAAAACUUUGCCUUAAGGCUGUAUCUGGUGAGGACUUUCUGAUGGAAAAACAACGUAAUCACACCCACUACUUAUAUGCCACAGACUUUAUGUACAUGAAAAUGAUUGGCUCACUCUUUAUCUCUUGCAAAACACCAUAAGAGUGACUAAGCCCCCACUGUGAAUGAGACAGUCACAUGCUGGAGUACGUCGGCAAAGACCGAAAGACCCCAGUGCUUUAUUAGAAACAGUGGGCUCCUUGUCUCAAAAUGUCUUGAUAAGCUGAGUCAGUAAUCUUCAAAGAACCAUGGAACUCUUACGCUUGAGUUCCUAUGGUCUGAAGGUAUUGUAAAGAGGGGGUUUUCACUGUUUAUUUUUCUUGUCUAUAGAAACAAAAAGCUAAAAUGACUUCAACUGUGAGUAGAGCGUACCAUAUCUUAGCAUUCAUCUGGUACACUUUUGUUAUGAAGAGUCUGGCUGCUAAGGAUGGAGAGGAGUUACCACCAGGUAUCUUUGCCUAUGGAGGACCCUGGAAGUACCUUACUUUUUUAAAUUUGGUUGUGCAGUUUAUAUUCUUUGGACUGGCAGCACUAAAUGAUCUACAGCCUGGUGACCAGUCUGAGAGCACUCUGAACAAAUGUAAAGAUUUCCUCUUCACUGUCUUUGUCGUCCCGGUGGGCAUGUUUGUGGUUCUAUUAUUCUGGACUAUCUUUGCCUAUGACAGAGAGUUAAUCUACCCAGCAACUAUUGACACCUUCUUCCAUCCCUGGAUGAACCAUGCUAUGCACACAUUGGUUCUGCCGUUUUUACUUGGAGAAGUGCUGGUGCAGCCGCACGUCUACCCACAGACGAAACAUGCGUUGGCAGCAUUAGGAGUUGUGGGCUUUGCUUACUUAUUCUGGAUUUUAUGGGUGUACUUGUCAGUGGGACUUUGGGUCUAUCCCCUCCUUGGACACUUCAGCACGUCCUGUCUGGUGGGGUUCUUCUUUUUGAACAUGUCCAUGGUGACCUUGUUCUACCUGCUGGGGAAAAGGCUCAACAGCCUCGUAUGGAGAAAAGACAUGAACAAGGUUGCAACAAAAACAAAGUGACUCUGACUUUAUAUCAGAUAGUAAUAGUUACACAGAUGUAAUACACCUGUAAGUGAGAUUAUGUCAUUUUGAAAUGGAAAUAAAAACACCCUGAUAAAACUAA